AAGGACUGCAGUGGGAGCGUCUUGGCGUUUCGUGCUUCGUCAGCCCAGCAGUAUUUUGAUUCCGUCUUGCUCCUACCUGUUCCUGGAGAAGAGGUACUGUCCCGCCAUGUCUCGCUACAGCCUCCAUAACCUCCUGGACUGGAUGUAUGGCGGGGGGGACCCCAGCUUUGCCGGCAAUGGAGGGCCGGAAUGCGCCGCCUUUCUCUCCGGCCGGCAGCGCUUGCUGGAGAGUGUGGUCUUCCUCAGUGUGGGCACCGUGGAGAUCCUCGUGUCCCUGUGGAAGCUCAGGCAGCAGCAUGUCCGGGAGCUGGAGAAUCUGCUGCAGCAGCCUCAGACUAAGCAGGAGAGCCUGGGCAAGAAUGUGUUGCUGGUGCUGCUCUGCCUCAUCUUUGGGCUGGAGGUGGGGUUCAAGUUUGCCACCAGGACUGUAAUUUACCUCUUGAAUCCCUGCCACUUGGUGACCAUGAUGCAGAUUUUUCUUCUUGCCUGUCCCCCAUGUCAGACUGCAAUGAUUCUCUUCAGGUUGCAGAUGCAUAUGCUGAAUGGGGCCCUCUUAGCAUUGCUGUUUCCUGUUGUUAAUACACGCCUGCUUCCAUUUGAAACAGAGAUUUAUUACAUCCAGCAUGUGAUGCUCUAUGUUGUGCCCAUCUAUCUACUGCAGAAAGGAGGUGUCUACACCCCUGAACCACUCUGCAAUUUCUGGUGGGCUGUUUUAUCCACAGGGUUUAUGUUUGUGUAUCAUUUUAGCAUCUUGCAGAUCCUGGGAUUGGUUACAGAAGUGAAUUUAAACAACAUGUUGUGCCCAGCUAUCUCAGAUCCUUUUUAUGGGCCCUGGUACCGAAUCUGGGCAUCUGGACAUCAGACUGUCAUGACCAUGACUCAUGGGAAGCUCAUAAUCCUGCUGUUUCAGAGUGCUGUUCCCACCUUUAAAUGGAGCAUGGACUUGCUUAGACUCCCAGCUAAGAAAAUAGACUGAAAUUUCUCCCCACAGAGUAGAGUUAAUACAAGAAGCAGAGAUUCUCUGGAAAACAGAGGGGGGAGGGGAGGACAAUGGCUUUAUACUUCUUCCCACAGUUUUUUGCCUCAAAAACAACUCUGCAAUGAAGUGAGGUUUUUUUAACCUGCUGUUUCUCACUGCCUGUUGCCAAUGGCAAAAUUUGUGGCCUUAUUCUGGGGAAGGUUUGUGUUUUAUAUAUUUUGUAUAGAUUACAGUAGAAUCUUGCUAAGCCACUAUUUAAAAUUAGGCCAGGACCUGUGCAGAUUCCAGCUAAGAGAGUGGCAGUGCUACCUCAUUUUGACUCAUUUUGCAUUAAAGAAUAUUACACUUCUAGGAUAGGAAAUAAUGCUGAAUUAUUUAUUAGCACUCCACUGAUGUGAAUCAACAUGCUGAACUGCAUCAUUGUGGCUUAACUCUUAAAGCUUGAAUGUUCCAAAAUGGUCACAGGAAACUGUGCAUACUUAAUCUUCCAGUCAGAAGUGCAAAACGGUGAGGUUCUACUGUAUUUUCUUUAAACUGGUUGAAAAUGUUGGGGAACAAUAACUCAUUAAAAAAAAAAUUAAUCAACUACUUAAUUUCUAAGCUGCAGCACCUAUCUAGUGAAGUCCCAUCAUUAUGUUUCAGAGAUGCUUUUAUUUUGGUGAGGGGAAAAAAAGAAUGUUGAAAUAAUUUCAAAAGACCAUGUUAUGUAUAGGCCAUAAUAAGCUACUGCAUCCACUGUUCUGUCCUGACUUUGAACAAAACGGUUUUUUUCACUUACCUUGGACUGGAGAAGGAGUGGAGAUACAAAGUCCAAUGUAAAUAUCAAAGCCUUUUUAUACUUAGUGGGUUUUGAAACAUUCCUGUUCUGUCUAUACUGACUCUUACUCUCCAGACUGGUUGGUGAAGAACCCAAAUGAAAUUAUUCCCCCCGCACCCCACCCCUACAGUUCUGCUAUAUCAUGUGUACUGAUUUUAAAAUACAGGUAUAAAAAGGAGUGUCAAAUCAGUGUAGGCCUCUACUGCAAAGAACACGUUCCAGUUUAGUAGUAUCACCCAUCAACCUGUCUUUUGGAGAACCAGGAUGUAGAUGGGCAGAAUGAUCAACUGCUUGUACCUGCUCAAAUUUUGCAGAAGGAGAAACCAUUGGGCAGAAAGAUGGGAAAUCCUGAUUGUGUUCUUCCAGAAUUGUGAGUCCAUUAUGCAGACUGUUGUUGUUUCAGGGCUGCAGGUUUUUGUUACACAUAAGUUUGUGGGAAUUUAUAGAUUCAUUGUGUUGUCAAAGCUGUGACUUGUAAGAUAAACCAAGGCCAUCAUACCUCCUCCAGCUAGAUCACCUGAAGGUAUGUGCUGAAGGUACAGAUGCAUACACCUCAGGAAGCAAAAGUAAAUUGACUUUUUUUUUCCUUAAAAAAGAAAAAAAAUUCUUUGGUGAGGGAACAAACUAUUCAAGUAUUUCUACUCCAUAUGAUUAA